AUGGGUGACAAGAAUACCCCGGAACUCCUCCGCCGACCCCUUUAUGUCUACGACAUCCCGGCGGAAGUCCUGACGACUCUCUCUCUCAAACCCGACGCUUCGAUCCCCGACCAGGCCCCGCCGUCGCCUCCGCCGAAAGAUAGAGCCAGCUCCGAUCUCGUCGGCUCCCAAGCUUGCUCUCUCUGCGGCUUAACGUUCACUACAGUUCUCGACCAGCGCAGCCAUCUAAAGUCCGAUUGGCAUCACUACAACCUCAAGCAAAAGCUUCGCGGCGAAAAGCCUGUGACGGAAGUUGAUUUUGAAAAGCUCGUUGGCGAUCUCGACGAAAGUCUCUCAGGCUCAGAUUCGUCCGAAUCAGACGAUGAUGAAGACGAUGCGAGUCGGAAAGAAUCUACACUCACAGCGUUGCUUAAGAAGCAAGCCAGUCUUGCCGACAAGAGGAAUCCACCAGCAAUGACCGAGAAUGACGAAGAAGAAGAGACAUCAGGCCGGAAAGGGAAGGGAAAACCGCCACUGAUAUGGUUCUCCUCUCCAUUACUUCCAUCUAACACCUACUUCGGUCUCUACCGGGCCAUCCUCACCGGCGAGGAGCUCCGUGACGAGACAAAACUUCUGGAUGUUGUCAAGAAGAAGCAAUUGGAGCCCAUUGCAAUUCCAAGGGUACCGAAGGAUGGUUCCGUACCGCUGCCCGCCGUUGCUUACAAGGGACCGCACUUUUUCCUCUGUAUGAUUGGCGGCGGUCACUUCGCCGCCAUGGUUGUUUCCCUUGCACCAAGGCAAAACAAGUCAUCGGGCGCGCUCAACAGAGAGGCUACCGUUCUUGCUCACAAGACCUUCCACCGGUAUACCACCCGUCGCAAACAGGGUGGCUCACAGUCAGCGAACGACAAUGCGAAGGGUGCGGCCCACUCUGCUGGUUCGAGUCUGCGUAGGUACAACGAGCAGGCUCUAGUCGAAGACGUGCGCGAGCUGCUUCGGGAGUGGAAGGGUCUACUGGAUACCUCGGAGCUGCUCUUCAUCCGGGCGACGGGUGCGACAAAUCGGCGCACGCUGUUUGGACCGUACGACGGCCAAGUGUUGAAGCACAACGACACAAGGAUACGUGGAUUUCCUUUCAACACGCGAAGGGCAACACAGAACGAGUUGAUGAGGUCCUUCAUCGAGCUCACAAGGCUGAAAGUCAGAGAGAUCAACCCGGAGGAACCGAAGCCGCAGACAGAAACAUCAACACCGACGAAAACACCAACAUCCAAACCCGCGAAACCAAAGUUGACGGAAGAGGAGGAGACGGCAUUACUACACACGUCGCAGAUACAAGCCCUGAUACGCCGCACAAAACUCCCUGCCUUGCUGUCGUACCUGAAACAGAACGAUCUGACGCCGGACUUUCAGUUCCAGCCUCCAGAACAGAACCACCACUCCCCGACACCUCUCCACCUGGCUGCACACCAAAGUGCUGCGCCUCUGGUCCUCGGCCUCCUCACUCGCGGCGGCGCAUCUCCUGUCGUGACGAACAAGGACGGCAAGACGGCUUUUGAUCUCGCGGGCGACAGGGCUACGAGAGACGCAUUCCGCGUCGCGCGUUCCGAGUUGGGAGAGGACAAAUGGGAUUGGGAAGCUGCCCGAGUGCCAGCACCGCUCAGCAAAGCGGACGCCGACAAGCGAGACGAACGCGAGAAGAAGGAGAAGGAGGGCAAGGAAGCCGAGCGCAGGCGUGCCGAGGAGGAGAGACUACGGUCUGAAGGGCCACAGGUUGACGAUAAGAGGAAGAAGGCCGGUCUGGCUUCAACCGCGCCCCUGAAGUCGGCACAGGAGAAGAGGGAGGAAGAAGCUAGGGGAUUGACCCCAGAGAUGCGGAUGAAGCUUGAUCGGGAGAGAAGGGCCAGGGCUGCCGAGGAGAGACUCAAGCGCAUGCAGGCGGGUGGAUGA